AUGGAUUUUUCUCGACUCCACAUGUACACCCCUCCUCAGUGUGUGCCAGAGAACACUGGUUACACUUAUGCACUCAGCUCCAGCUAUUCUUCGGAAGCUCUGGACUUUGAGACUGAGCAUAGACUGGAGCCUGUCUUUGAUUCUCCAAGAAUGUCCCGCCGGAGUCUGCGGCUGGUCACCCCAGCCUUUACCCAGGGGGAUGGCUCGGACAUCGAGGGCCCUACCUGCAUCAGGAGUUCUGCCUCCAUGAAGGACAGGGUGACCAGAACAGUGAAACAGCGCAGAAGUGUAAGCAAACCCACUUUUAACAUCAACCACACUUCAAGAAAAGCGGUGUCUUCAGUGGUCAGCCAGAGUAGCUGUCACAGCCUGCAAGACAGCAUGGCCCUCAGGCCCCCUGUGCUGGAUGCAUCUCUGAUCCGGGAGCAGACCAAGGUGGAUCACUUCUGGGGCCUGGACGAUGACAGCGACCUGAAAGGUGCAAAUAAAGCUACCAUUGAGGGGAACGGUGACCUGACUGCCUCCAUCAACACCACCGCCAACGGCUACACCUGCAGAGACUGCAGCCUGCUUGCAGCACGCACCGAUACUCUUACCACACACCCUGCCUCCAAAAGUCAGAAAAGUAACUUGUACUCACGGUUUUUUGAUAGGCAGUGUCACACACUGGCACAGGUGCUGCACAGGACCGCCACUGCCGGCUGGCUGGUGUCUUCAGCACUCUGGUCAGCAUUCUGGUUGGCCAUCACUGCUCCAGGGAAGGCAGCCUCCAGGGUGUUCUGGUGGCUGGGGUAUGGAUGGUAUCAGUUCGUUACUCUGAUGUCUUGGCUGAACGUCUUCCUUCUUACGAGGUGCCUUCAGAAUAUUUGCAAGCUGUUAGUCCUGCUCCUGCCACUCUUACUUUUACUAGGUGAUCUUGCAUUCUGGGAUCAAGGCAAUUUCCUCUCAUUCCUGCCUAUGUUAAAUUGGUCAAACUUGUACAGAGCACAGAGGGUGGACGACCCCAAGAACAUGCUCAUAUCUGACAUUUCUCACCUGCAUCCGCCACUCAAGGGCAAUGGUGAGGCGGCUUUCCACUGGCCCCAACUCAAUGACGUUGAGCAGCAGGUGACCAAGCUGUCUGAAAGGUGCCAGCUGCAUGAGGAGAAGCUCAGAGAACUGACGCUUCUGCUCCAGAACCUGAAAGAACGUCCUGACCAGGCAGAUGGCAACCGGGACGGGGUGCUGUCACUACUCCACCAGGUGGUGGGGCAGCGAGGGAAGGAUACUGACUUUAUGAGCUUUCACCAAGAACAUGAAUUGCGUAUCACAAACCUGGAAGAUACAAUGAGGAAACUGACUGAAAGAUCUGAGGCCAUCCAGAAGGAGCUGGAGCAGACACAUCGGAGAACAGCCAGCACCGAUGAGCAACACCUCCUCACUACUGUCAGGCAGCUGGAGUUGCAGCUGGAGCAGCUGCAGUUGGAGUUGGCUAGCUGGCGGCACUUGAAGACCAAUUGUGAGAAGGUGGAUACACUCCAUGAGAAGGUGGACACCCAAGUUCGAGAGACGAUCAGACUUAUGUUUUCCGAUGACCAGCCAGACAGUUCUCUUGAGUGGCUGCUACGGAAGUUUUCAUCUCAGUUUGUCAGCAAGGACAACUUGCAGAUCUUAUUACAAGAUUUGGAGCUGCAGAUCCUGAAGAACAUCACCCACCACAUCUCUGUGACAAACCAGGCCGCGACCCCUGCAGCGGUGGUGUCUGCUGUGCACGAGGCAGGGGUCCCUGGUAUCACUGAAGCGCAAGCACGCGUGAUUGUAAACAAUGCCUUGAAGCUGUAUUCCCAGGACAGAACGGGCAUGGUGGACUUUGCUCUGGAGUCUGGUGGUGGCAGCAUCCUGAGCACACGCUGUUCUGAGACGUACGAGACCAAGACGGCCCUCAUCAGCCUGUUUGGGAUCCCUCUCUGGUACUUCUCCCAGUCUCCACGAGUCGUCAUUCAGCCCGACAUCUAUCCUGGGAACUGCUGGGCAUUCAAGGGCUCCCAGGGCUAUCUGGUGGUGAGGCUGUCCAUGCCCAUCUACCCGACCACCUUCACUCUGGAGCACAUACCAAAGACGCUUUCGCCCACAGGCAACAUCACCAGCGCACCCAAGGACUUCGCGGUUUAUGGACUGGACAGUGAGUAUCAGGAAGAAGGGCAGCCUCUUGGACAGUUCACAUAUGAUCAAGAUGGAGAGUCACUGCAGAUGUUCCACACACUGAAAAGGCCUGAAAAAGCUUUCCAAAUUGUGGAACUUCGGAUCUUUUCUAACUGGGGCCAUCCAGAAUACACAUGUCUCUAUCGGUUCAGAGUUCAUGGAGAACCCAUCAAGUAG